AGGACGGGAAGCUGGCGGAGGGAGGGUCGGGUCUGCGUUGUGGUAAGUGCUCUCCAGUCAUCGACAGGGACGGGGUGAUAUUCCCGGCUCCUCUUGUAUCACCGAGAGUCUUCUCUCAUCAUUAUCGGUAACAGCUAUGUUGGACACUAGCUAUCACUAGCAAUAAUCCAGGCAGAAGUUAAUAUAUUGAGCAAGUGCAAGAUGAAAAAAGAAGGAAGCAUACAAUCAAAAAAGAAAACUGAUAUUUUAAACAGCUUGAAGCUGUUCAAAGUUUUGGGCCUCCUAUAUCUCCUUCAUUUUCUCAAGCCUGUUACUAGUCUGCUAAAUCCACCUCGCAAUUUAUCAGUUGUGUCAGAAAACUUCAUUCAUCUCCUGACAUGGGAAGCGGGAGCAGAUGCACCAUUGACCACACGCUACACAGUGGAAUACUUCUCUUUGAGUGCGGCAGGUGAGUCAUUCCGUGCUGUAAACUGUUGGCUGAUCGUGAACAGAACCUGCGAUCUAACAGAUGAAUUUAGUGACAUCUAUGGGAAUUACUGGCCACAAGUUAAAGCAGUUGUUGGAAAUGAUGAAUCCAAUUGGACUACCAUGGAUAUUGCCUUUCAACCAUAUGAUGAUACACACAUACGGCCACUUAAUGUUCAGCUAGUGGAGUCCCCACUUGGAGUUCUUAAUGUUACUUUUGAUAUUGCAGCAGCACCACCACUAAUUUCACAGAGCUUAGAUGUCAAAUCAUUAAUAGAUAUCUACAUGAAAUUACGAUAUCACAUUACCGUAUAUAAAGAUGGAAAGUUGGAAAAGAGCAGGGAUCUGUUGAAAAUCACAAGUGAAACAAGUAUCGAAGAAAUAUUUGAGAAUGUGGAACCAAAUACAAAAUACUGCAUUACAAUAAAUAUAUUUUACCUAAAAGAACAACACUCUGAUCCUUUGGAAAGGAAAUGUAUAAUCACACAAUAUGCAGAGGAAGAUGAGGGUACAGAAGUAUCUCGAACACUGCUAGCAGCUGGUUUUUGCAUCUUGGGAAUUGUGCUCAUCAUCAUCAUGUUACUAUACAAAGCAGGUUGCCUUAGUUUCUUGAGCACAUAUGUUCCACAAUCUCUGAAAAAUUUAAAAUACACCCAUGCUAUCCACAAUUAUAAUGAUACGCAAGAAAAAUUCAGCACAAUGGGUCAUGUUUGUGUCAGUAAAGAGAAGAUGCAAGACGUUGAAGAGGAGAGUGAGGAGGAGGAGUUAAGUAAUGUUGCGGAAUCAGCCUAUGAGCAUAAUUCUCUGCCGAUAACUAUGCAGGACAGUGCUCAAAGCAGCCUGUUUUCUGACAAAGCAACAGAUGGAACCAGCGCAGUGGCUUGUGAUGAUCAACAAUUCAAUUCUUUCACCAAUUUUGAUAACUGUUUGAUGGCUCCAACAGAUGUAAUGCAAAAUGAAAGUACAGAAACUGAAAUAAUGAGCCAGUUGCAGAUAAACCACAGCAGAAAAAGCAGCUCAUCUCCUGCAAGUGUUGAUACUUCAGAUGUCCCACUAUGCUCUGUCCAAAUCCAAGAUUCAGACUGCUGUUUUGUAGAAUUUUCAAAUGAACAGAUGUGUGAUCAGGAGACAUGUGAAUCUAAUACCACUGAAAAUAAUGAAAUGACUGAUUCUUUAACCUCUGAGGUUUAUGACAACACUGUAUUUUACCAAUCUGAGAAUCCUGUUCAGUGUGACGUAUCGGACUGCUCAUCACUUCCCCUGGUUUUGCAUUCUAAUUAUAUGAGACGCUGAAGGAGGUUUGCAUGAAGCUAUUAUGUUGACAAGUACAAAGCUGCUCAAAGUAUCCUCAGAACAUUUGAAGUAGCUGCACCCAGUUGUCUGGCAUCAGCUGAAUUAUUUUACCAAAGAAAUGAUUUUUUAACACAUCAGAAAUGACAGCACUUGUGCGGCUAAGAGGAUUUAAAAUGUCUGAUUUUGUUCCUCAAAGAAUAUUUGGGGAUUUGUGUAGUUACUUGUAAUAUAGAGCAUCAAUAUGAUGCAUUGACUAGAGCUGUUGCCAAGUUACAGCCCACAUUGGGUUGGCACAGCUAAUGGAGGUGCUGCCUUGUACUUCCAGUGACUCAGCUUCAGUCUUGAUCAGUGGUGCUGCCUGUGUGGAGUUUACACAUUCUCCUUGUGACUAAGUGGGUAUCCACCCACAUCCCACAAACGUGCAGGUUGGUGUGUAAAUUGCCCAUACUGUAUAGCUAAAUGGCAAUAUCUGGGGAGCUGUUGGGAAUUUGAGGAGAAUAAAAUCGCUUUGGUUAGGGUAGGAUUAGUCUAAAAAUGGCUCCUCCGGGGUCAGCACGUAUUCUGCGGGUGAAGAGCAUAUUUCCAUGCUAUCCUGUUGUUCUACAUAUUCUCUUUUUUUUAAAAAAAAAAGGAAACAGUGGUAGACAAAGUGGCCCUCGAGCCUACUCUACCAUUCACAAGGUUAUGACUGAUUUUCAUCCUCCAUUCCACUUCCCCGUUCUUUCACCACAUUCAUUGAUCCCCUGAUUCUAGACCUGAGGGAAACAACUUUACAGCAGCCAUCUUGUGCUGGUCUUUGUACACAAAUGUUUCUUAUUGAAACACAAUCGUAAACUUUAGUUUUUUUUCCAACAUUUGGAAAAAAGGGAAAUAGAAAUUUCAUAGUUUCAUGUUGGUAUAUUUUAUCACAGUGUGCAUUUUUUUUUCCAUUUUCUUCCUAAACAAGGAAAAGGGGCUUCAGGGCAGUGGAAAUGUUGUGGUAGUAAUGGAGUGUGGGGACUGGGGCCAUUGAUUAUGGUGAUGUACAUUGUGCUAAUGGUCCGCAGUGCCUCAUGGAUGCUCCGUUCUCAGCAACCAGAUCUGUUCUGAGUCCAAACCAUUUACCUUAAUUUAUGGUGCCACACAACACAAUGGAAGGUGUCCUUUGUGUGAUCACACAUACCAAAGACUGUGCAGUGGUCACUUUUACCAAUGCUAUCAUUGGGAAAAAUACAUCUACCAUAGGUAAAUCUACAGUAAUGAGGAUGAUAGGCCUUUCCCUUGGUUCACUACUUCCUGCGAGCCAACCCCUGCAGCUUGAGGACUCACUGGUUUGGUCCAUGGUGAUGGACGUUGAAGUCCUCUACCAAGUGUACAUCCUGUAUAUUUGCUACUUUCAGUGCUGCUUCCAAGUGUUGUUCACGUGGAAUGCUGAUUUGUCAGCUAAGGGAAGAUGGUAAGUAAUAAUUGAGGUUACCUUGCCCAUGUUUUUACAUGAUGCCAUGAAAGUUCAUGAGAUCUAGAGUUGAAAUGGAGAAUAAAACUGGACAGAGUACCCAGUACUGAGCUAGGCCCCAAAUUUGGACAUAACAAUAGCCUUAAGUCUUCCUCUCAAAUAUGGAUAGCCUAGCAUCUGAAGUGGGAGAGCUAUCCCAUGUACUCGUCAAGCAAUAGCCAGAUUCCUCUACCAUGAUUCCUGGGUACAUCCUGUCCCAACAACAAACAGAUCCACCCAAAAAGCAGCAUUGGUAAGAGGGAGUAGCCGAGGGAAUCUUCAACAUUAGCAGCAGUCAGGAACGAGGCUUUAAAUUUUAAGUUAGUUAUUUUUCUGACAUUUGCUAAAAUUUUAAUAGUUUUUUUAUAAUUUUAAUAAUAAAAACACAAUUCAAACAUUUAACUAAAAUACAAGCAACCUCCCCUUUGCCUCAGCCGCAGUCCUGGAAUCUCAGUUUUAAAUCAAUGGGGUUGUCACAGGCUCCGAGUGGCGAUCUUCUGUGGUGCAGUGUUGGGGAAUCCCAUCGAGAAUAGUCCCCAUCACUGGACUCUACAUGGAAUCCAAUGACAGACCAUGGUGACCAAACGAGAACCACAUUUGUUUUUCAAAAAUAGACUUUGUGAAUAUUUUUUUUGAUCAUGAAUAAAGGAACAGUGCAAAAUAACUUUGACAUUCAUGGAUAUUACAUUCAGUGGUGUAAACUUUAAAGAAAAACACCAACUUAGCACCAUUGCCCCUCGCAUGGCUCCCUGAAGUGAUACCCCUUUUAUUGUUCGGGCUUCCCCACCCUACAGACCCCUCCAUAUGCAGUAGUGGAAGGAGCCUAUACUGUGGUCCGAGCCUAUACUGUGGUCCUACCCCACGAAGCCUUAGCAUUGGCUGCACCAAGCUUCAGUGCAUCCCUCAGCACAUAAUCCUGCAGCCUGGAAUGUGCCAGUCGGCAGCAUUCCCUUACGGACAUCUCACUGUGCUGCAAGGCCAACAAGUUUCGGGCAGACCAAAGGGUGUCCUACACUGAGUUGAUGACCUUCCAGCAGCAGUCUCGGUAUGUGUCCCCGGGAACAGCCCACAGAUCGGAGAGUCCUCUGUCACGCAGCUGCUGGGGAUGAACCGGGAUAUGGACCCUUGCAUCACUCUCUGGACCCUCUCAGCAAAUCCACAGUCUGCAAAGAGGUGGGUGAUGGUUUCUUCCCUAUCACAGCCUUCCUGACGGCAGCGUACGUUGGGGAUGAUAUGUCAUCUGUAGAGGAAAACUCUGACUGGGAGGGCACCUCUCACCACCAGUUGAGUGAGGUCUUGGUGCUUGUUGGUCAAAUCUGGUGAUGAGGCAUUCUGCCAUACAGUUUGGUCCGUUUGCUCAGGGAACUACAUGUCAUUCAAUAAGUCUCAAGUUUCAUAAGAAGAGUGCAUGUGUAGGCGUCUGUGACUGAAGAUAAAGAUUUAAAAAUUAAUGUCAUAUCUAUUUCAAGUAAAACGAUGCUGCUUCUGUGAAUAUAAAUGUCUCAAAUGUUCUUAUUGUCCAUUUGUGGUCAUUAACUACGGAUUUUGUUUAAAACUGAUUUACGGUGAUAUAAAUUUAAAAUGCACAGCACGUUUUUAUUUGUGUGCAAAUAAUAACAAAUGAGGAUACAAUGCCACUAAGCAAAAUGGCUCCUUCCUGUCUGUUGGCCACUAUUUUGUUUGGCUGUUGGUGUGUUGCCCUCGACAUGAGCAAAUAUCAGUAGAUAAUGCAGAUGUUGCAGCUUUAGUUGCAGUAAUUAUUUGUAAAGGUUUUAUAACUGUCAUUCAUAUUUCCACUGGCUUGGAAUUAGGCUGCCCUGCUCAGACGCCUUGCAAUAGUUGCCUAAUGGUUAGGCACCCCGACUAACUACUACUCCAUUAUGUCUACCUUAACCCAUCAACCUGAAACACUCAAUCAAGUUGGAAAAGCAUGACUUCAUUGUCUCUACCCCUUCUCCCACAAGGUGGUCAUGUAGACAGUAACCAUGAGAGAUAUACUACAUCUUAAAGUAAUGGCAAGCUAAAUGCCUUCUGAUACAAAUACAGAUAAUGCUGGAAAUGCUCAGUAAGUCAGUCUACAUCAGCAGAGAAAGAGGGAGAGUUAACAUUUUGUGUCUGUGGCUAUACUUCAUUACAAGAUAAUGUAGCAGAUGCAACAGAUUCUGCUUAAGUACAAGUGCAGGGAAAAGAUUAGUUCAGGGGAUCUGGAGGAGGUAAGAAUAAAGAAGGCAGCCAUAGGAAAUUGUUCAUUAUUGCAAGGUCUGCGAGCCAGUGGUGGCUCUCUUUGACCCUAGGUGCUGCUAUCAUGGGCUGGAGUAUGACUGAGAACAGGGCAGGGUGUGGUCCAGAAACUUCCCCAUGGCAGAAGUGUCUAAAACCAGAGGGCGUAGGUUUAAGGUGAGGAGUAACGGGUUACUGAGGAACUGACAAAGAACUUUUUCACCCGGGGGUAGCUGGAAUCUGAAACACACUGCCUGAAAAGGUGAUAGAGCCAAGUGCUCUCUCAACAUUUAAGCAUCUGAAAGAGCACUUGAAUUGCAAAAGCAUAGGUUACAGACUGAGUGCAGUUAAAUGCGAUUAGUAUGGAUGGGUACUUGGUAUAGACAUGGUGGGCUGAAGGACCUGUUUCUGUUCUAUUCUGUUUCUGGCUCUGUGUCAACAGUGAACUGCAGGGGUGGGGGGAGGGGGGGUGUGGUGAAGGGCAAAGUGUGUGCUGGAGCAUGGCUGGGAUUGGGAGCUAAACAUUGGAGCGUGGCCAGGAAUGUGGUCAAGUGUUCCCAGAGAUGGAGGGUCUGCAGGAAUGUGGGAGGUCAGAAAUCAGGGGUGGGGAAGGAGGGAGGAAACGCUAAUUGAAGGAGUUCAGGGACAGGGAGCUCAGUGUGAAAGGUCAAAUAGAUGGUUUGAACGGUGCGUGUGAGUGACUGUGUGUGUGCAUUAAAGGUUUUUUGCCAAAGCAGCCAGCACUUGAAAAAUAGUGAAGAUCACUGCCAUUGGAUUAGUUGAAGAGGAGAGAAGGCAGGAACAAAAGGGAAAGUUAGGGAUAGACAGGUAAAAACAUUAGCCUAUGUAAAUGUAACCUAAAUAGUAAAUGUGUUUAAAUGUUAUAGGUGUAACUGCUGGCAGGAAAUACUGCUGAAACGUGUAGUGAAAAUGGGGUAAAGAGGAUUCUGCCUCUAAAUAAAGCUGUGUAUUUUGCUCUACAAAUGUACUGCAGCUUCAUCCACUACUUACAAUUAUUCUAUGCCAAGCAAUGAAUACCAUUUACAACUGCCACAUCUCAUUUCUCAUUCCACUUCCUCAGCUUGACUACAAUGCUAAACAUCCUCACACUUUGUGGAAACAAUACCAUUGUUUGUUACAAAUCCAAAGUCAAUUGUAAGGAUAGUUUAAAAACUGUUUGUGGCUAAAUCUUAUUUCAGGAAUGUUUACAAAUCUUGGUUUCAGUUCUCCAUUUCACAAUCAAAAAUGUAACAAUUUGUGGAAUACACAUCAUCUUCCUUUUAACGUGUGUUAACGGGCAACAUUGCCACCUGUCCAGCUGAAUCUUGCAGUGUAUUUGCAGGUGUUCUGUGAAACAAUCUUGUAGUAUUGGUAAAUUCUAACUGCAGUCAUCUCUGGGAGAAACCAGAACAAAUCACACAAACUGCUGGAGGAACUCAGCAGGUCAGGCAACAUUUAUGGAGGGAAAUAAACAGUCGACAUUUAUUUCCUUCCAUAGGUGCUGCCUGACCUGCUGAGAUCCUCCAGCAUUUUGUGUGUUGCUCCAGAUUCCAGCAUCUGCAGAAUCUCUUGUGACUACAGAACAAAUGUAUGGAGCUUAUUGCAGACUUGCAACAACUGUAGGCUUCCAUUGCAUGUGUGAUGUAAUACAAAACUUACCUAAAUAUGCAGCAAAAUUUUCCCUCUUUCAAAAAAUAA